AUGAGCGGCCGCAUCAGCAAUCGAAGCGUCGUCGUCGGCGUACGAGACGCGGCCGGUGGAGGAUCCAGUGAUGAUAAGGACAAUCCCAAUGAGUUCGAUGCACUUUAUGCCGAUAGUCAGAACAGUUCGGCACCGAACACAUCAACGAUUCUACUCGGAAACCUUGAGAUGAGGUGUAAAAGAUUUCGUUUGAAUAUUUCAAUGAAACAUCGCAUCCGAUGGGUGAUAUUCGUGCUGACGUGGCUGCAAUUGGGUAGCGUCAUGAACUGUGUCGACGUCUUCUCAUUCUCGAUGGUUUACAUGGAGAAGAAUUCGACAAUUGCUGCAGAAGCAGGUCGUGAUGAUAUCUACAUCUACACAUUAGAAGAGAAAUCAAGUCUGAUCUCAGCAAUGGCAAUCGGUUCUCUUAUUGGAAUGUAUCCGCAGAAUUCUCUGAUGCAGAAAUACGGACCACGUAUUGUACUCACUGUAGCCAGUUUUCUCUGUGCUAUCGUCACUGCCUUCAUGCCAUGGGCACUUGACACGAAUUACCACGUGGCACUUGUAUUCCGGAUACUUCAGGGAAUUUUGUAUUCUGCCGAUUUUGGCGUCGUCGGAUACGUGGUUGCAAAAUGGUCUCCGAUUAAAGAAGUUGGAAUGUCUUUGGCAGCUUUGAGCGGAUUUACAGCCGCUAGAGCUGUUAUUCAACUCCCUUUGGCUGGAUGGACGACUUCAAAUAUUGGAUGGAGACCAAUCUACUACUUACUCUCAGUUAUUCUCCUCAUUUCUUCUGUAAUUUGGUUUUGCUUUUAUCGUGACGAACCAGACGAACAUUGUAUGAUGACACAGUCAGAACUUACUCAUAUAAACACUGGAAAAGUGAAAGAUAAGAAGGAUAAAAAGACUCCAUAUCGAGAAGUUCUCACUGAAAAGUCUGUUUGGGCUGUUUGGUUCGCUGGAUUCGCCGAUAUCUUUGCCAGUUUUGUAUUUCUUGUAUAUGGUGCACAGUACUAUCAAUACCUUGGAAUGGAUAUUCAGGCUAACGCAUGGCUAAAUUCAAUGAAAGGUUAUCUAUUUAUCGGUGUUCGUGUCAUUGCUGGUAUCGCCUCCGAUCGUAUUCAAUUUCUACCGGAGAAAUCAAAAUUGCGGUUAUUCAACACGAUCUCAUUGCAAGUACCCGCCUUUUUUCUUAUUCUCGUUGUUUUAAUGCCCCGUGAACAUCCAUAUCUACAUGUCAUUUGCAUAACAUUCUAUCAGGCAUCGUUCGGGUUCAAUUGUGGAGGAUUCUACAAAGGCGCCGCUUUGAUAUCAAGACAAUUCUCAUACUUUGUCAUCGGGUAUAUUCAGUUAUUCAAAUCGUUGGCAACUCUCCUUGAACCCGUUCUGUUUUCUCUUCUUGUUCUUCCGGGAAGCGAGGAUUCUGAACUUUCAUGGACCAGUUAUUUCCUGAUCCACGCACUCACAUUGACUGUUGCUAACACGGUAUACGUCAUUUUUGCUCGAUCAGAACCUGCCGAUUUUGUGUCGAAUGCCGAUUUAGAACUCAGCAAGCCCCAGCUUCCCUGCGAAACCUCGAUCAAUUAA